GGGCAAAAUGGCUGCUUCCACCUCCCCGCAGACCCAAACAAUAGCGGAAAAACUGUCUGGCUUCAGCUGCCGGGAGUCCGAUGCACUGCGGUUGCUGACCGGUGAGGAGGAGGGAGCAGAAGAGGAGGAGGAGGAGCUGCGGAUUCCAGAUCUGGACAGUCUGAGCUCCAGCCCUGGGAAGAAGGGGCUGUUCAGUGUGGACCAAGACGGCCUCUCCACCCGGGAUGAUGCAGACACCAAAGUCCACAACUUGAAGUGUGAGGUGUGUGGGGCCCAGUUUGAGACGAGGCGGGGGCUGUCCAGCCACGCCCGCUCUCACUUGCGCCAGCUGGGCAUCAGUGUUUCAGAAAGCAGCGGGGCCCCCAUUGACCUCCUCUACCAGAUCACCAAGGAGCGCAACCCAGACGGGCACAACAGCCCGUCCCUCCUCCAGCCUCCCGCAGCCAAGAAAACCUCCCCUCCUCUUCCUCCAAAGAGCGAGGAGUUUGAGAACAUGGACUUUGAAGAGAAGCCAAUCCCUCUCCCAAUCCUUGCCAAAGCGGUGAAAGCAGUACCACCCUCUUCCUCCUCCACCCCUACACCUUCGCCCGGUGCCUCUCCACCCCCGUCAGCCCUGGUUCGCUCUGGCUCCCCCUCCUCAGUAGUGAGGAAAGCCCCCAUAUCCUCCCUGCUGCCCGUGUCUUCCCCCUUGCGCUCUCCAGACCACAAGUCUGGGGGAAUGAAAAGCUUGACCUCUAACCUUUCUGCCCCUGCGACCAUCACAACAACGAAACCUUUCUGGGCGCCACAGGAAACUGAUGCUCCUCUCAACCUCACACUGGAGGUGGACCCCAACAAGGACAUCAUUUGUCAGCUGUGCGGUGCCUGGUUCGAGACACGGAAGGGCCUGUCCAGUCAUGCACGAGCCCACCUGCGACACUUUGGGGUGGAGUAUUCUGAAUCUAAGGGCUCUCCCAUAGACCUCCUCAACCAGCUCAUCCACACAGACGACUUCAAGCACAAAGCCAGUACACUGCAGCCUGACAGCCAUGCAGAGCCACGGGGCCUCACAACCACGCUCUCCUCCCCAAAACGAUCCCUGUUGAACCCCUCCCCCUCGUCCUCCUCUUCAUCGCUCCUCUAUAAGGUCACCACAGCUGGAGGUGGGUCUCCAUCCAAAGCUACCUCUUCCUCCGCCUCCUCUUUGCUCGGCCCACCUGCCAAGCGCCCCAAGUCCUCCUCCAUGCAGGUCUUCCGCUUGAGUAGCGGAGAGCUCAUGGCCCUUCCACACAAUGAACCUCCAAAGGAAAUUGGCUGUGAGUUCUGUGGGGAAUACUUUGAGAAUCGUAAAGGCCUCUCCAGCCACGCCCGCUCCCACCUGCGCCAGAUGGGCAUCACCGAGUGGUCGGUCAACGGCUCGCCCAUCGACACCCUGAGGGAGAUCAUCACGAGACGGGGUCUGCCCUGCGCCCUUCCGCUCAAAACCCACAAAACGCCGCCUCCAUCCUCUCCAGGACCCCCUCGCUCACCCCUCUCCCCCUCGUCUUCCCCGUCUUCAGCAACGCUUCUCGGUCGUCUUCCCUUCGCCUUCGCCCGCCCCUCCAGUCCACAGCCUGCAGCUUCUAAGUCAAGCCUAACUCCGCCGACCUCCUCCAGCGGGCUGAUACUUAAGCUGAAGCCUGAGCCGGUGCAGCUGGAAGUCACCAUGCCCGGAGCUGUGGGGAGAUCGGGUGGCUCCUCCUCCGAGCCGCUCAAUUGUAGCUGGAGCAGCUCUGACAACGUGUUCCCCCUCAACUUGGCCAUGGCCCAUGAAGUGGAGCCAACAAGAGACAUCCGCUGCGAGUUCUGCGGGGAAUACUUUGAGAAUCGCAAAGGCCUCUCCAGCCACGCCCGCUCCCACCUGCGCCAGAUGGGCAUCACCGAGUGGUCGGUCAACGGCUCGCCCAUCGACACCCUGAGGGAGAUCAUGCACAAAAGAGGGGUGGGCGCCUCCUCUCCCUCCGAGCAUGCGGUGAAGAAGGAGUCCAGCCAGGGAGGCAGCAGUCCCUCGUGGGAGAGCACAGGCGGUGCUGGCAGUUCAGACGGUCUCGGUAUUUCAGGCUACCAGUCCUCCACGUUCCGUAAAUCUCCGCUCAGUUUGCUGCACUCAGGGUCCAGGCUCCAUAAGCAGGGCUUGGGGACAGUCGGCCCGUCUGCUGCCCCACCUGCAGGGAAGUUUUUCAGGCUGUCCUCGCUGGGGAAGAGACCUCUGUCGGAAGAGUCCCACUCAGUGGAGACUGUGCACUCACCGCCCCAUCAGCUCAAGACUUUCUCACCUCUGCCACAUGACUUCUCCUUCAAAAGAAAGUCUUCCCCAGACAAGCAUGGAGGACACCAGGACGCCAGCUGUGAGCUGUGUGGGUUCUACUUUGAGAACCGUAAGGCUCUGGCCAGCCACGCGCGAGCCCACCUGAGGCAGUUUGGUGUGACUGAGUGGUGUGUAAAUGGAUCCCCCAUCGAGACGCUUAGUGCUUGGAUGCGCAGCAGGCCACAGAAGGUGGUGGAGAUGCACCGUAGCUACAUGCAGGGAAACCGCUCCACCCUCAAGAAGAAGAGCAGCUCACCUCUCUCUCCGUCAUCGGACUCUGAUCAUAUCCUCCCCGUCUCAUCCCAGAAGGCCUCCUCUUCCUCCUCCUCCUCCUCCUCCUCCUCCCAGUGGUCCUCGGUGGCUGUGAGCCUGGUGCGGCCGGCGAGCCACGAGGUCAACCAGGGGUCUUCCAAGACGGCAGACGGUGAAGCCGGUACCAACCUUCUGGCCGCUCCCAUCAGGCCCGGCUGCAGCAGUCCCAGCCCCUUGCGGCAGUCCAGUGCCCUCCCACUCCAAGCACAGGUGGCACGCAGCGAGCUCAACGUCCGCCUGCCCCGAGGUUUUGAGCGACGGCCCCUGAAGCACCCAUCUUGCCCAGACGGGGCAGAGAGGGAGAGCGGCCCGCCGAAGCCUCCCCGCACCGGCACUGUCCCCGCCCUGGUCCCCAAACCGCCCUCCUACCCGCUGGUCAAACUGGUGGGCAAGUUCUACACCCUGAAGUGCCGGUUCUGUGAGGUGGAGUUUCACGGUCCUCUGUCGGUCCAGGAAGACUGGAUCAGGCACCUGCAGCAGCACAUUCUCAAGAUGAACUACAACAAGCCUACUGCGCCCAGAGCCGCCUCCCCCAACCCCCCCAGCCAGGCUGAUGCCCCGGCCAAAGCCUCGGCCCCGGUCUCGGCCCCAGCCUCUGCCUCUACCUCCAGUACCACCACUACAACGACUGGCCUCACCUCCACCUCAGCAUCCACCCCGACCUGCACCGCGGCUCCUGCUGUCGCUCCCGCUCCCGGCAGCUGCUCCCCGACGCCUCCGGCCGAGUGCGCUCCGGCUGUCACUGCCACAAAGAUAGUAGAGGUCUCGGAGGAGCAGCCUGCCCUUACUCCAACCCCUAUUCCUGUCCCGACCCAGACAGUGUGAACUCUUUGUCGUCGCCCCGCCAUCCUUCCACCCGUUGGUUUUGUUCUGCCUUUGCAAUGCCUUUACGUCCAUCCGUUUCUUUCCUUUUGGCCUUUUACAGGGCGUUUUGAGGAGGGUGUUGCCCCCUUAAAGAGCUCUCUGAGCCCCAAGCACCUUCGAAAACAGCUUUCAAGACUGUUAGUAAGUCCCGUUGCCAUGGGAACGAAGCCCUCCUGGCUUAUCUGUGCACCAGGGAUGGGUGAUUAUGGGAACUGUUCAAGGUUGUGGGGAGAGAUGAACUAAUGCUUUGUGUUUGCCUUGUUUAUAUUGAAUGUCAAGGUUUUGACGUGGACCGUUACUGUACAUCUCCUGCCAUUCAGCGGUUGAUUUAGGGGUUAAUGUGACCCUCAUCAAGCUUUGACCCUCCCUGUCUAUGACAGCUUUGCCCCCUUCCCCCUCUAAACAGUGCGUUACUGCGACCAGCGAGGCUUUGAAGCAAGAGCACGCUGGUGGCUCUGGCCUCAGCCUCUCACCAAAAGGUCCUGACUGAGAUUUAACAUUUAUAUGUGUGUUAGUCUCACAGUUGAGACUUUAAACAUGUGUUAACACUUAGUGUUUUUUAAUAGCACUUUUAAUGUAGACAUUUUCACUGAGCACUUACUGAAACGCCCCAUUUUAACAGGGCAAAAUUGACAAAGAAUAAUCCAGAUUGGUAACAGGGGCCGAGAAGUGGAAGCACACCCAAAAAAGGGAAGAGCCCCAACGUUCACUUUAUAACUUAAUAGUGACAGGUGCAGGCACACAAUUUACUGUCCCCAAAAUAUUCAUGUUGCUUGAAUGUAGCUUAAAGCACCUAAUCUAUUAAUACCUUAUAUGCACACAUUUCAUACACAAUCAAAAAAUAUUCUUGCAUCAUAGUCCCCCAGAUUUAUUCAAGUUUGCUGUGUUCAGCAAAUAGGGCUGCUGUUGUGUUGACGGCACAUGGUUCCUUUUUAAUCGCUAUUUAUGGAUUUGAGAAGGGGGGGGGCCAUAGAAAAUGUUCAAGGUUACCCAUUUCAAGUUUUUAUAUUUUCCAUUCACAGUGUUGCCAUUUUCUUCCUGCCUUUUUCAAUGUAACCCAAAUCAUUAUUAUUUAUUUAUUAUACAUCUGAAUGUGGUAAGCUAGGUCAUUUUAAGGCUAAAAUAGAACUUUGGAAUGUUUGAAAAUAGGUCAACAGUGCACUUGUACACAAGUGCGCAUUGUGUGUGUGUGUGUGUGUGUGUGUGUGGGAGUGUGUGCGCGCUCGAGCGUGUGUUAGUUUGUAUGUGCGUGUACAUGCAUAGCAAGUGUACAUUUGAUGCCCACUCUAAUGAAAAAGACAGAAGUAAAACUGCACCACAGAAAGACUUCUCCUCAGCUCAAAGUGGGAGUCUGUCUCUAUUUAGUCUGAUCAGGACUUAAAAUGCAUCCGUCAUUCUGUUAGGAUGUGCCAAAGAGUCUGUUUACUUCCUUGUCUUGCCUCUGUAAAAGCUGUUUACAUUGGACCUCUUUGUGGAGGAAACUCUGCACAGCUAUCAAGUCACCCAGGCUCCACGGUGAACAAUGGAUUGGACGAUGUACUCGCUGGUGGUGGAGAUCUGCGUCCACUUCAUGCACCACCAAGUUGAUCAUUUUAAAGACUUGUGCUACUGAAAGUGGCUUCACGGGACUCUGUUGUUACUGUAGGGGUAGAUUACAACGCUGAGUAAACACUAACACAAACCAAACUUGAUUUCAAGCAGGGCUCUUGAGAACUGUCGGCCCCUCGAUCCAAACUCAUAAACACGUGUGACCUCGGGCUUACGCGCGGAGCAGCUCCAGGGUCCUGAAGCUGAAGUCCCAGUCUGUUUCUUUCUAUGUUGCUUCAGAGUGCGUUCACAUCAACUUGAAACUGAGGCAAUAACUAAAGGGUCCAUGUAGGCUGAUAAACUCUCAAAGUUUGUUCCAGUGUUGAUGACCAUGUUUGAAACAUGACUGUUCAAUCCAAACAAUACCCAACCCCUUUUAUGGAGUAUAGAUAUAUACUAUAUAACUACAUGUACUUAAGAAACUGUUGAUGCUAGUAGAGCUAUCAGCAGUUCUAUUAGCAGGCUAGUUUAAAAAAAAAAAUAAGUGAUCUUAAUUCCUCUAUCGUGAUUUGAUUUCAACCUUUGAUGCUAUGUAUUUUUUAUUGCUCUGUGCAUUUCUGUAUUUGCAGUCCUGGAAGGUGAAUCUUAGAGUAUUUUUUAUUUUUAUCCGUUAGUUUCUCAAAGCUGAAACAUUUGGUGCUGGUGAAAAUGUUGUGGGUGAGGGUAGCUGCGAGUGACUGAAUAAGUGACAACAUUUAACGUGAUUGUCACGUCCUGGUAUCAAAGGACUCUAAAAAACCAGGCCUUAAAGGGGACCACUUUGCACGGUCAGAUAUGAUCCUCCCUCUGCAUUCACAUAGUAAUCGAGUUAAAUGCUGCAGCCGCUUGCAGCUCCGUGGCUGCUUUACUAUGUGAGAUGUGAAUUAAAAGACUGGUGUGUAGCGUUCCCUUUUAAGAUUGCCUGAAAACGUCUAUAACCUUCAGCUGGUGUAACCGGCUGCCUUGUGUGUGUAUCUGCGUGUGUGUGCGCAUGGGUGUGCAAAAAGACAGAGAUGACAAUGAUAAUGACAAUGAGGAAGAAAAGGAUGGAGUUGAGGGAAGAACUGUACUGUACGCAAAGGGUCGAGGUUUAAGUGAAUCAGCUCCUGAACAAACA